AUGCCCAAGACGCCCAAGCUCGAAACCAAAGAGCAAACCCGCCGCGGAGAAGGAGAAGAAGAAGAUCACGAAGCCAGCCCCAGUAAGACCAGGACAGAGCUACGCAAGGGCUGCAAGAAGCGACGAGACGGCACCCCGAAGGCAGGAAAGACCCUCCACAAACCGAAGAAUAUCUCAAAAUCUGACAAGAAAAAGAAGCGCAGGAGGAAGGAAAGUUACGCAAUUUACAUCUACAAAGUACUGAAGCAGGUACAUCCCGAUACGGGUAUAUCCAGCAAAGCGAUGAGCAUCAUGAACAGCUUCGUCAACGAUAUUUUCGAACGUAUCGCUGCGGAAGCUUCCAGAUUGGCACAUUACAACAAACGUGCCACGAUAACUAGCAGAGAAAUUCAGACAGCCGUACGACUAUUGCUACCGGGAGAAUUGGCCAAGCACGCAGUCAGCGAAGGUACCAAAGCCGUCACCAAGUACACCAGUUCAAAAUAA